AUGGAGGAGUUGGCGCUGGAGCGUUACUUUGAUGACUCCAUUGCAAACGACUCCGACUUCCCGAGCCGAGCGGGCCCUCCCUCCGGGUCCGCUCGGGCCUCGACCCCCGUCCCGCCGAUCCCGAAGUCGAGCGGCGAGCCGGCGGACGACCUGGACCUCAGCUUCCUGCCUGACGAGCUGAGCGUCAACACGCAGGACGCAGAAGGUACCGGCCACGGAUGCAAAGAGGACGUCGACGUCGGCCUGGCGUCGCGCCAUGAAGGGGAAGAUGAAGACGAACCUUCCUCCUCAUCCUCGCAGUUGGCGAACACCGGUGCCAUCUUCUGCCCUAUGACCCCUAUGACUCCUAUGACCCCCGUGACCCCCAUGACUGAGAGGUCAGGGAUCAUCCCGCAGCUGCAGAACAUCGUUUCCACAGUGAACCUGGGUUGUCCUCUGGACCUAAAGUUCAUCGCCCUUCAAGCCAGAAACGCAGAGUACAACCCCAAGCGCUUCGCCGCCGUCAUCAUGAGGAUCCGUGAGCCCAGGACCACGGCGUUGAUCUUCAGCUCGGGGAAGAUGGUCUGCACCGGAGCCAAGAGUGAGGAGCAGUCGCGACUGGCGGCCAGGAAGUACGCCCGCGUGGUGCAGAAGCUGGGCUUCCCCGCUCGCUUCCUGGACUUCAAGAUCCAGAACAUGGUGGCCAGCUGCGACGUUUGCUUCCCCAUCAGGCUCGAGGGCCUGGUUCUGACCCACCAACAGUUCAGCAGUUACGAACCCGAGCUGUUUCCGGGCCUCAUCUACCGGAUGGUGAAACCUCGGAUCGUCCUGCUCAUCUUCGUGUCGGGGAAGGUCGUUCUGACGGGAGCCAAAGAGCGAGGCGAGAUUUACGAGGCCUUCGAGAACAUCUACCCCAUCUUGAGAGGCUUCCGCAAGCAGUGACCACGACUGCUGACCGCAUCGCUUCCUCUUUGUUUGUCAAUAUUUGCUACUCGUUUCCUCUGUUUUAUGUUGCUGUUGGGACUUUGUUUUAGACGCUCACUAU